AUGAAUAAGGUCAUUCAAUAUAUAAUUAACCAUCCGUUAAUUUUUUGGGUUUUAAAAUGCUUACAAUUAAUUUUAUUCCCUAUUGAACAACCAGUUAAUGAUAAACAUGAUAAUAAACUUACUAAAAUUAUAAGUAUAGAUGAAGAUAAUGAAGAAGAAGAAGUCAUCAAGCACGGUGAAUUAUUUCCAAGUAUUGAAAAAAUUAACCCAUUAAAAUCAUCUAUUAAACCCUGUUCUACAGGAAUGGGUAACAAAUUUAUGCCUGUUAAAAGUGAACUUGGUGAAAUAGAAUGGACAUUUACUGAAGAUUAUGAUAAUUCUUCAAUUAAUAGUGAAUUUUUUGUCUACAAUAAUGAAAACCAAGGUCAUCAAUAUCCAGUUCAACAUCAACAUCAACAUCAACAUCAACAUCAACACCAACACCAACACCAACACCAACAUCAACAAUUCAACCAACAACCUCAACAACAGAUGAAUAUUCCUACCCAAUACCCACAAUAUGGAAGGAACUAUCCAACUUUUGAUAUGGAAAAAAUCAGUCCUAUCACAUCUAAUUCAUCAGCUAAUUCAUUCGAUGACAAAUCACCUAAAUCAAUGACUCCUUCAUCAUCAACUGAUGAAAAGAAUCAUCAAUGUCCUCAUUGUGAAGCCACUUUCAAGUUAAGAGGUUAUUUAACUCGUCAUUUAAAAAAGCAUUCAGUCAAUAAGGCUUAUUCAUGUCCUUUCCAUAAAUUCUCAACUUAUAUUGAUGAUAACAAUAUCACUCAUAAAUGUCAUCCAACUGGUGGGUUUUCAAGAAGAGAUACUUACAAGACUCAUUUAAAAUCAAGACAUUUCAAGUAUCCUAAAGGAACUGUUACUAAAGAAAGAUCUAAAUCCCCUGGUAAUUGUUCAAUGUGUGGUGAAUAUUUCCCCAAUAGUGAAAUUUGGUGUGAAAUCCAUAUUGAAGGGGGUGAAUGUAAAUUUUUACCAACAGGUUUUAAAGGUAAGAGUAGAAUCAAGAAUAAAUUGAAGAAAGAAUUGAAGAAGAAGGGAAUGAAUGAAGAUGAAUUCUUCAAUAAAUUAAAUAAUUUAUCACCUCAAAGUCAAGAUGGUGAAUUAAAUGAUUUCCAACAAUUAGCUCAACAUAGACAAAGAUAUCAAUCACCAAAUUUGACUCAAAAUUCCGAAUCAAAAGAAAGUGAUAAAUCAAUUCCAACAAUUCAAAAAACUCCUCAAAUUGAAAUACCUGUUCAUCAACCAAUUCCUGUUCCAAUGAGAGAAAAUAUCAAUUCAAUUCCAAAUUCAAUUCCAAAUUCCAUGCAAAAUUCAAUUCCGAACUCAACCUUUUCCAAUUUUGAUUCUUCAAAUUAUGAUCAAAAUUCUUCCCCUUAUUAUUCAUCCAGUCAAUCAACCCCAAUAAAUCAAGUUAAACCUCAAUUACCAAUUAAUGAAAUCGAUCCUUUUUUCAACUUAUUGGAUUAUGAUGACGAAUUUUGUUUGGAUUCUGAUCAAAGACCUUCUUCAACUCAACCACAAUCACAACCUCAACAACAACCUCAAAAUUUCCAAUCUUUACCACAACAACCUUUCCAAUCUUUACCUCAAAAUUAUCAAAAUGGUCAAAUGAUGCAACAAAUGAUGUCGAAUGGUAAUUUUAAUCAUUAUCAAUUAAACCAAUAUCAAAUGAAUUUAAUGAAUAACCAAAUACCUUUAAAUUUGAACCCAAAUCUUCAACAUCAAAAUUAUUUCGAUGAAGAAGAACAAUAUUAUGUUCAAAUGGUUCAUAAUUAG